AUGGUAACCUCUUACCCUGUUCCAGAGGGAUUCACAGAGAUUGAGGUAUUUGGCAUUGGUACAACGUUACUGGUUGAAGGUAAGGAAUGUCUUUAUAUCCACAAGAUCCUGACGUUUUAUAAAAGAAGGGUGUUAUUUACAAGCCGGUCAGAACUGCUCAGAUUCCAGAUGCAACAGGCAGCUCGAUUAAAAAAAAUGAUAUCAAACAGCCAAUAUUAGCUCUGCUAAAAUGAAUUUUGUUUAAAACAGGUAUUUAUAUCAUAUGCAGAGAUUCUGAAGCACUUGGAUAACUACUAUAGUGUAUUUUUGAUUUAUAGCCUACAAACAAUUGUAGACAUAUAAUAUCAAUCUGGUAGAAUUCUAUAAUCAAUCUGCAGUGACGUCGUUUAGAAUGCAUUCAUUUAUCAGUGCAUAAAGGCAUGGCUAUUAAUCGCUUAAGAAUCAAUAAUGGUAUACACGCUAUCAUAAAAAGCUGUUUUUUGAGAAGCCUGUUAUAAGAUGUAAUGACUAAAUAAGCAGGGCACACUGCAUUUUGCAUAUGUUAUGCAAAUAUCAGAUUGGAAUUACAGUGAAGUGUCAAAUGUGGUCGUUAAUGUAUUAAACAUAUAUCUAAUUCCAAUAAAGUCAGUGUUUUCUAAUGUUUUUGUAACAUCUCAGUAUGGUGCAAGCGAAGAGCUUGUUCAAACCGCAGGUUGCAGGUUAUAUUCCCGGCAGGGUCAUCUCAAAUAUUCCCUCUUCUCAGGUUGAUGAAGUUAAUUCCAUUAAUUCAAGUUAAUAAAUUAGUAAUAUUUUUAAUCUGAGAAUAUGUGCUUAACACUUUUGGAUGCUUAAAAAAGAAAAAAAAUAUUAACUGCAUGUAAAAGAUUUCUCAAUAAUGUUUGUUCCUUCUUAUUUUUAAUCAUCAAAAGAUGAAACUAAGAAUUGUCAAAGCAAAUCUUUGAAAAUGAGUGGUUAGAAAUUCAGUGAAAGCAUGUCUCAUUUGAAACAGUAUAUAAUACUUCAGCAUGUAUUUCUAUACUGAUGACAUACAACAUGCUAAAAAGGUUUGUGAACAUAGCUAUGAUAUACAGGGUUAUUCACUAAACUAUUCAGAAAAUAAUUAGGUGAAAAUGACUGAAUUCCAACCGCAUUGGCACUUCGCAGAUUUAUGAAAGCCUAAUAUGUGGUCAGGAUUUGGUUGGUAUGACCAGUUUCUGUAUCAUUCAUUCCGAAAAUUCAGAAACUUUGUAAUAUUCACAUGUCAACUAAUAUAAAUCAUAGGAAUCACACAUUUAGUAACUGUCGCAUGGCAACCGAAUAAAAAAAUGAACGCAUUCACCAACAUCUGGAUUCGAAAAUUAUUGUUCACUUGCAAGUGAAUUGAUCAUUUGAAGAACUAUUUGCCCGCUGGCUGAGCUAACAACAAGCUGGAAAGUACUUAAAAAAAAUUAAAAAUUUGACGAUGCAAGGAUUAAUUAUGUGGAGGCUAGCAUUACAAGAUUACAUUAUAAGAAGGUCCCAUCCCAAGGUGGUAGGGCCUGUGAAUUAAGAAGGGGACAAAGUCACCCUGUUCUCUAACCCAGGAGCAUCAAGUGGGGUACAUUUUAAAAAAGUAAUAGGGUGCAGAGCACCCUGACCCCACCCACAGUCCGUGAGUGUGGAUAUUUAAUUUUUAAAAAAUGGGGGUAACAUGCUGAUGUACCACCCAUUAGUGGUCAGUGGAUUAUGGCUUUCAAAUAUUCAUAGGGAAGGAACUUAUGUCUACCCGUAGUCCCGCUCACUGGUGAUGGGUGGGGGUACUUCUAAUAAUAAUCAAGGACAACAUAGAACCCUCCAGCCCUCAUCCAUUGGAGGGUGCCCUUAUUGAUUAUACAGUGGGCGUGUGGACAUGCAAUUGUCCACCUCCCAAAUAGUAGUAUGCCCCGUUCAUCCCCCCAAUUUCCUAGCCACCCCAAAUAGAAAUAAAUAACCCUACCCACCCAUCAAUCACUCUAAUAAUAAUGAAGGGGCAAUUAAUCUAAUAACUGUGAAAAAAUAUCAAAGGUCUCCUUUAUUCUAAAUCAUUUUUAUCUUCAGCCCCUAAAAAACCAUAUAAAAAUCCAUUAUGUGAGAUUGCAAAUUAAAAAAAAACAAUGUAAUAAAAUGAAUCCAUCUUCACUCAUGGAGGGCUCGCCGCAGACUAAACUCAGAUAUUGAGGAAAGUCCUUAUAUGGUCUUUUCCAUGCUAUAUCAGUUUUGCAAUAAGAGUGCUCUGACAGCCAAGUCUUGGGCCUUUUCUAGAGACUGGGCAACAAUCCUUUAAACUUCUAGCAGACACGCCCCUACCUGCAAUAUGGCAGGUGGGAUAUAUGAAGGUUUAAAACCCCCAUUAUAGUAAUAUGGGGGUCUUAUUUACCCCAUUUUCAAUGUGACGGCUGUGACCCUAGCACGAGGAUUUUUACCAUUUGCUCAUUGGCUAAUAGCGCUGCAAGCGGGCAAACAGUUAUGAUUUUUUAUUAAAAUCAGGGUACUGAUUAGAAGCCUCAGGCCCUGAUUUCAGCUGUCCAACGGCCUUUAUUCUGGCUUAAAUUGAGACCAUAUUUAGGCCCAUUCGAGGCCUGACUUAUAAAAUUUAGACAUUGCUCAAUUGCAUAUAUGUUUUUCUAUAAUAUCGUGAUGCAGCAUAAUAACUAUCCCACUUACCAAAUAAUGACAGACAACAUAGUAUGGAUGAAACAGGCCACAGCAUUUAUUAUAACAUAUAAUAAAUACUGUAUAACACAUCCAUAAUUUAUUUUAAUCUUUAUCUUUACUUGAUAUAAACCAAACAUCAAACAUAAAUAACCAUAAGUUAAAGAGAUUAACAUAUAGUGUCAUACAGUGUAACCAAGCCGUCCUUGCCAAUAUACUGACCAUGAGCCUAUGCACCACUUCUUCUCACCUCCCCCUCUGCAUAAAUUCCUUUUUCAUCCCAAUGCUUACCACCAGCCAACCUUCUUCCUCGCUCGGUGGGCACGUUCAAACAGGUAACCUAAGGUUAACCCUUUAGAGAAGGGAGGUGGUUGAGACCUGCAACUUGACCACCUCAUUCCACAUCUUGACAUAACCAAAAAAAUAAAUAAAUAAAUACAUUUAACUUGGAUAUGCCUACAUCAGGAAACUGUGAUUUACAUAUUAAGGAGAAACUUAUGAAGGCAAAUUCUUAAAAGCAGGACCAGAUUAAGGGCAUCAUGGCCCUGGAGCUGAAAGUUUUGAUGGGCCUAAUUAUAUGAGUAUAUUAAAGGAACACUUCAAGCACCAUAACUACUACAAAGCACUUUGGUGGUUAUGGUGGCUUGUCGUCCUCAUUGUAAGUGAUCAAACUGUUUUAGGAUGAUUUUAAUUCUUACCUAGGCUUUGCUAGAUGCUGUCCCCCAACUUCACUACUUCAGACCCGGCUUGUUUAGUUGCAUCCAUUAGUUACGCUAUGCAUAGAAACAUGGAAUGUAACGGCAGAUAAGAACCAAUCGGUCCAUCUAGUCUGCCCAAUUUUCUAAAUACUUUCAUUAGACCCUGGUCUUAUCUUAUAGUUAGGAUAGCCUUAUGCCUAUCCCACGCAUGCUUAAACUAAGUGAAGGGUUGCAGUGAAGGGUUAGCACAUUGGCUGUGAGUGUCAACUAUCUGUUCACAGCCAAGGGGCUUAGCCAUGCAGUGCAGGUUCCCUGGCUUCUGGCUCCCUAGUUCAGGUAAUGAAGGUAGGAGCAGACCCAUACCUUCCAACAUUUCAAAUAGACAAAUAAGGACAUUGGAACACUUUAUUUUUAGGCUUGUCAGCGGGGGGGGGGGAGGAGGGAGGGGGGGUGUCCGGGGCAAGGUUGUUAUCAGACAUUAUAAAAAGUGACUUACUAAUAACUGUAAGUUGCAGACAUAUUCAAAAAUAUACCCAAGUGCCUAUAUAAAUGAUCAAUUGUGGGCAAAUAUGAACACAUAAUUGGAUUCACAUACACUGAUUAGCCAUAACCUUAAAACCAAAGACAUAUGGAUGGGAUAUAUUAGGCAGUAAAUGAACAGCCAGUACUUGAAUUUCAUGUGUCGACUUUGACCAGGGCCAAAAAGUGAUGACUAGAUGACUGGGUCAGAGUAUCUCCAAAGAGGCAGGUUUUGUGGGGUGUUUCCAGAAUGCAGUGGUUAGUAUCUACUAAAAGUGGUGCAAGAAAGGACAACUGGUGAAUUGGCAUCAAGAUCAUGGGCACCCAAAAGGGCAAUGAUGCAUGUGAGGGGCGACGGCUGUUUGCUCAAAUUGCUGAAAAACAUAGUGUUGGCCAUGAUAGAAAGGUGUCAGAACGCACAGAGCAUUGCAGUGUGCUGUGUAUGGGGCUGCAUAGCUGCAGACCAGUCAGCGUGCCCAUCGCACUAUGCGAAGAAGACUUGCCAGUGGAGGCAGUGUUAUGCUCUUGGCAACGUUCUGCUGGGGAACCUUGGUUCCUGGCAUUCAUGUGUGUGUUAAUGUGACAUGGACCACCUAACUGUUGCAGACCACAUACACCCCUUUAUGGCGCUGGUGUUCCCUGAUGGAAGGGGCCUCUUUCAGAAGAAUAAUGCACCCUGCCACACUGCAAAUUGUUCAGGAAUGGUUUGAGGAACAUGAUAAAGCGUUCAAGGUGCAGCGUUGGCCUCCAAAUUCCAGAUCUCAAUUUGAUUGAACAUGUGUGGAAUGUGCUGGGACAACGAAUCCCAUCCAUGGUGACCCCACUUUGCCACCCGCAGACCUUGCAGGACUGCUAAUGUCUUGGUGCCAGAUACCACAGGACAUAUUCAGAGGUCUUGUGGAGUCCAUGUCUCAAUGUGCCAGAGCUGUUUUGGAAGCAUGGGGGGACAACUACAUGUUGUUAAGCAGUUUUGACUGGUCAGGUUAGUGGAUAGAUCAGUCGUAUAUUUCACCUAGUGGUGGAACUACUGCCUGUGCAGCAGGUGCAUUGCUGAGCAGGGGCCCGAUUGUUAACCGCAAGACCAGGCCCCUUUCACAUUGGCAAUACCGGGAGCAACUCAGAGCAUGUAGGAAGGAGUAAGACAUAUGCCAACGGUGGACUUAACUCAACUCAGAAACUUAAUCUCUGAAACUAGUGUUUUCAUUACAGGGUUAUACAGUCAAGGGCACUGCAUCCAGAUCACUUCAGUGACAUUAAGUGGUCUGGGUGCGAGUAGCAUCCCCUUAAAGGUACACAACAAACAGUUUAGCUUUGAAUUUAAUUUAUAAGACAUUAAUAAUAAAUCACCACCAUUAAAUCAUGUUGUUUUUUUUUACUGUAGUUUCAUGGAAUGCCAAAUGAUUAAAUCUACUGUUCUUCUGUGCCACAUUGUUGUUUUUGUUCUACAUUACAUUUUAAUUGUAUAAAUUAGUAAGUCCCCUAAAAUUUCUCAGAACAGCCCAACCCCUGACUUCACCCAAUCACACCCCUAAAAUUAAAGUAUUCCUCUUAGUCUAAAUCAAAUGAAAACAUUUUGUAUAGCACAUUUAUACAUAUUUACAUUAAUAUAAUUGCCAUUAUUACAACUUCACACUAACAGGUCAAUGUCAGUAUGGACUUCUCUAUCACAUCCUAACAACUUCCAUAGUCAUUUGUCUUGGGAGAUUGAACAUAUUUUCCCCAAUGUUUCUGGACCUUCUAAAAUAUAGCAGAUCUGGAGGAAAUGUGGAGAAAAUAAAUAGGUUAGAAUAAAAAAAUAAAAAAUAAAAAAAAAGCGAAUUCAUUUUAUGAAAAUUUAAUUUAAAGAAACUAUUGAUCUUUCUAUACACUCAUACUCUCCUUAAAGGACCACUAUAGUGCCAGGAAAGGGGAAAGGGGUUAAACUUACCUUUUUUCCAGCACUGGGCGGGGAGCUCUCCUCUUCCGAUCCUCCUCCUCUCCGCCCAUUCGGGUGAAUGCGCAUGCGCGGCAAGAGCUGCGCGCGCAUUCAGCCGGUCGCAUAGGAAAGCAUUUGCAAUAUACAUAUACAAUUUUUACAAUUUCAUACAAAAAAAAAAUAUGCAACAAAAUUUUCCAGCUCAGGUAUCUCAAGUCUUUCAAAGCCCUUAUCAGGUCCACACAGCCCCUGUCAAAUAAACCCAAAAGUGUUAAAUGGAUAAAACCACCAAAACAGAAAUGCUGAACUUUAAUUUAAAUGGAGAAAUUUAACUUCCCUGAAAAUUACACAUAAAACAUUGAAGCAUUACAUGGAAAAUCUAGAUCUUGUCUUAAUCCUUUUUCAAGAGUUGUCUCUUUUAAAAGUGUAAAUAAGAUUUAGCAUCCGGUUCAAUCCAGUUCAGUCUUGGCACAGUCAGGGCACACAUGAAAUUGAAGAAGAAAGAGAAAGAUAAACACUGGGAGCAGUUUAUCAAACUGUUCUGAAAAUUGUCUUUUCGGUUUUGCCUUUCUAAUCUAUUUAUAUUUAACGAUUUAUUAAAUUAUUCUAAAAUAAUGUGGCUUUCCUAAAUCAGGCAAUUUUUUUUUUACAAAGGUGUCUAUUUUGGAAAAUAUCACCAAACGUAAAAUAGCAAAUAGAAUAGAAGUGAGACAGAAUACUUUAAUGGUUGAAAGAUUAUUAAGACAUUUGCAUCUAAAAAAAAAGGCAUAUAUUCAAAAAUAACAAGAAGCAACAAAAGGAUUUAAUAAAAUGUACCAAAAAAAAAGGGGUUCAAAACUGUCUGACACACUUUGAUAAAUCUCACCUUUUGUUUGUUUCUCUACUGGCAAUUACAUUCAAUGACAGAAUAGACAGAUUAUAACAAUGAUUGACAGGGAGACAAAAAGGAUAUGCUGUGUUCAAGGAUAGAUGCAAAUAACUUUAAUCUUAUUCUUCAGACCUCAUAUACACAUAUUUGUUAUAUUGGAGUUUAAUAACCAUAACUUUAAAAAUCCUGAGAAGUGACAAUUGUCACGUUCAAUCAAUCGGAUGCUUCUCAGAGAGAAUCAGUGAAACCAAUGCUUCUAUAUAAGAAGCAUUCAAAGUGUUUGGCAAUGAUGAAAAGGCAGUGUUUACAAUUUGCAAUACUGCGGCAACAUGGUAUUUACACCAAAAUCACUACGGCAUUAGUUUUGGUGCUUAGAAUAUCCCAUUAAAUACAAAUAUCUAAUAUUUAACUUUUCCAUUUUCCAUUUAUAUCCACAGCUCUUCUUGGACUCCUGUUGAACGGUCUGACAAUUCUUUCUUUCUACAAAGUCCGAGAACUCAGAACGCCCAGUAACUUGUUGAUUAUAAGCCUUGCAGUGGCAGACAUCGCCCUAAGUAUUAAUGCUUUCGUUGCUGCCUUUUCCAGUUUUUUGAGGUAUAAAAAUGUGUUUACCCAAAAAAAAGAGAAGGGUCAAUCUAACAAAUAGAAUAACUGACCUGAAAUUAAUGAGACAGAUGUAGGUUUAAAGCAAAUACAGUCUAGAGAAUAGAGUUUGCUGUAAUGUGUAUUUGCCUAGGAUAGCUAAGGAUUUGCCUAGGAUAGCUAAGGAUGUCAAAGAUACAACUCCAUUUGUUACAGAACUUCAUUAGCAUUAUGAGCAUUCCAAUUCUUCACACUACACCCUCUGAUAAUACGGAUAAAUAGUUCUUAUAAGAUGUGUACAUAAACAUACCUAUAUUUUGUGUAGAACAAACAUUUUUAGAUUAAUUCUAAGUACAGGCAGUUAGCUAAGCAGACAUUUUCCAUGUAUAAUGCAAGUGGAUAUGGGCAUCAUUGCUUACAUCAGUGGAUCAUCAUAUCUAUGUAACAAUGUCCACAACAAUGUCCACAACAAGCUAUCCAUGUCUGAAGGUCUCUUGCAUGGGAAAAGGACCUGUGUCACGCGCAGUGCUGUGUUUGCUUUUGACUUUUCUCUGGUGUCUCUAUAAGGAUACCACAGGACAGAAAGGCCAGGAGGGAGUACUUUGCAUGCACUUGGUGACUAAUUAUGGUAUUGAGUAUGUUUCGAGGGAGCUUUAUGUGGUGUGGUGUGGUAUUUUGUGUGAAUAAGUUGGUUGCAGUUGUGUUGUGUGUCUAUUGGUUGUAGAGAGUGAGAGAGUGUAUAUGUGCUGUAGGGGGGAUGUAGCGAGCGUGUUCAUAGCGGCUGCAGUGUAGGAAGAUGUAGUGAAUGUGUAGGGACUGUAAAGAGUAAGCGUGUGCAAGGGCUCCUCCUCCCUUCCUAUUACCUUUUGGCAUGGAGGGGGGGUCAGCUCCACCAGGUGCAGGUCAAGAUCCCUGUUCUUACACACUCUGUCACUGUUCUGUGUUGGAGCAUUUCUAUAAGACUCAGACUGCCCAUCAGGCAAACCAUGCAUACGCUGAGCCGUGAUGACCAGGGGAGAUUAAAGGAUCAUGCUUCAUAUAUUCAUAUUCCUUUUGUGUGUUCCGUAAUUCAGAGUGUUCCCGCGAGAUACCAUGGCAAUUCUCCGACACAGAACAGUGCCAGUGCUCAGAAGAAUAGGGAUCUUGGUCUGCACCCAGUGGAGGUGCAGGUCUAGAGACACCAGUCAUCACUGGACAACCCGGGCUUUCACUGCCCCUCUUUCCUGCCCAAAGGCAAUAUGAAUCGAGGUGGGCAUGUGAAAUAUUUUUCUCCAUUCAUAAUUAAACUGCACCCUUCCCCCCCUCACACACACACACACACACACACACACAGUACAUCCCAUAUACACACUAUGAAUUAUUAUUUUAUUAUUUAUAUAGCGCCAUCACAUUCAGUAGCGCUAUACAAUGGGUGGACUAACAGACAUGUAAUUUUAACCAGACAAUUGGACGUACAGAAACAGAGAGGUGAAGGGCCCUGCUCAAUGAGCGUACAUUCUCGAGGGAGUGGGGUAUAGUAACACAAAGGGUAAAAGUAGGUUGUUAGAAAAGUAUUCAUUGAGGGCUUAGUUGGUAAUUUUUGACAGUUGCAGGAGAGGAGUCAUGGGGGAUGGGGGAUAAAAACCUGCUUACAGUUUAACUGAUAUGCUUUCUUGAAGAAGUGAGUUUUUAAUGAUUUUUUGAAUGAGUGGAGACUGGGUGAAAGUCUUACGGAGAAGGGAUGAAUCCUUUACAAACACACUGGAUACCCUACAUACCCACACAGUAUAUCGGUGACACACAAAAUAAAUGCCAUAUACACACAGUCACUCUCUAUAAUGCCUACUCUACAGCUGCUAUGCACACACUUACUACAUCCCCACCACCGGACCUAUCCACUCUCUACAGCCAAUAGACAUACAUACUUCAGCCCCUUGCCACACAACACAACUGCAACCAACUUAUUUACACAAAACACCACACCACAAACAGCUCUCUUUACACAUAUGCAAUACCACAAUUAGCCACCAAAUGCAUGAACAGUACUCUCUCCUGACCUUUUUGUUCUCUGGUAUCCUAAUCGAGACACUAGAGACAAGGCAAAAGCAAACACAGCACUGCACCUUACACAGGGUCUUUUCCUCAUGCAAAGUUCUCCGCAUGAGCUGCUUUAGAAGAGCAUUUAACCAACAUGCUCACUUUGAGGAGAUAAGCAUACUAUUGGUGAUGACACAACAUGCCCACUCUCUGGCUCCACCCCCCUACCAUUGGGACUCUCUGAUUAGAUAAUGCCCGGGCCAAAUUGUCUUCCCCAGUCUGGCUCUGUUUGCCUUUGUAGCCCACAGCAACACUCUGAAUCACAGAGCUCGCAGAAGGAGUUCUCUGCACCUGGUGGAAGAACAGAGAGCUUCCUUGGUCAUGCUGCUGAGCUCCCCACUGGGCUAUCCAUUAAUCGUGGUUGGUGCCGGCUCUGCAUGGGCAGGCAGGGGAGAUCAUUUGAUCUGCCUUGCCAGCUUGCCCUGCUUAGGGAUGUAUAAUUAGUUAUAAUCACAUAACUUGGAUUAUCUCAUAUUAAUACAGAUUAAAUUUUAUUGCUAGGGUGCACCAAAAGUCUCUUUCUUUUUUAUAGAUACUGGCCUUAUGGCUCUGAAGGUUGUCAGAUUCAUGGAUUUCAGGGAUUCGUGGCUGCUCUGUCCAGUAUUAGCUCAUGUGCCGCGAUAGCCUGGGAUCGGUAUCACCAAUAUUGUACACGUAAGUGCAUUAUACUGUUCUGACAUGUAACAUUACACAACAUACUGUAACAUAAACGUGCUUAGAUUUUGCAAAUUUUUCCACGGUCAACAAAAAUAACAAAUUGAGCAUAUAAAGGGAUUGUUUAAAGAUUGUUUUUAAAAACAAAGAUUUUAAUGUACAAAAAUAUGUAUUAUUUCAGAUACCAGACAGCGGUCCCAAGAAAGCAAAGUUCAUUAAACUUUAACCCCUUAAGGACACAUGACAUGUGUGACAUGUCAUGAUUCCCUUUUAUUCCUUAAGUUUGGUCCUUAAGAGGUUAAGCUACCCAAUGCAUAUUUUAGCCCUGGCUGCAAGUCAUUAUGCACCAGACUGACACUCACUAACAUGACAGGAGACACAGGCCAGUGUGAAACUUAAUCCCCAUACUUGUUUGAUGAGAGGUGAUUUUAAGUAGCCAUAUAGAAUUUAGAAAUGUAUUUGUGCUCUGUUCCUUAAUCUAUAUUAUGUAGGAAUUUCGAUCACUACGGCUGCACCAUUCCUGCAAGAUACACGUGUGCCCAUAAUUCCUUUUGUCUUUCCUUCAGAGCCCUAAUGGCAUUAUUUUUCCAUAAAACACAAAUGCACUCUUCAGGUUUAUUCAUUGUCUUUCUCUAUCACCCGUGUUUUACUUUUCUUCAUGAUAAAUAGGUUUAUAAAAACUGAUAUGAGUCAUACACAACUUUAGGUCCGCACGAAUUGAUCACAUUUUUUUCACAUUCAAAAUGAGCUGAAAUCUGUAGAGGAAGGACAAUAUUCUACUCCUUGCGAUCAUAUCUCUUAUUCUUCUAUAUUCGGACUAAUUUGAACACACAUCUAAUUGUGUAGAAUGAAGACCAGCUAUGGGCAGUAAAUGCAUGACUUUUUGGCCUUUGUUAAUAGUGGACACAUUUUGGUUAUUUAAUAUUUAAUUGUGUCAUUGCAGGAAGCAAGUUGCACUGGAGCACAGCAAUCUCAGUCAUUAUGUUCCUCUGGGGGUUUUCAGCCUUUUGGUCUGUCAUGCCAUUGCUUGGUUGGGGGGAAUAUGAUUAUGAACCUUUAAGAACCUGCUGCACAUUGGACUACUCAAAAGCAGACCGGUAAGUCGAAUUCAAAUUAUCCGUAUGAAUCACCUGUAAUGAAGUUAUUGUAAUCAGAUGCGGUUUUCCCUAAAUUGAAAAAAAUGUUGUAUAAUACCUGCUACUAAUGAUACUACAAGAUUUAUGUAUUACAGCAAACACGCAAAGUGAACAGCAUAACAAAAAAAAAAAUUAUAUACCGGGAUAUAUAUAUAUAUAUUUAUAUUAUAUUUUUUUACUUAUAAAAUAUUUUACCAGGAAAGAUAUAUUGAGAUUUCUCUAGUUUUCAAGUAUGUCCUGGGUCCACAAAAUAUGGCAUUGAUACAACAGGGUACAAUAAAAUACAAAAACAAUAUCAAUACACAAUAUAUAUAAAAUUUAACAUGGAACAGGUAGGAAAUAUAUUAUUAACCAUGACAGGUGCAUUCUGUUUUGUGGUAUGUAGAGAGGAAACUCUUAAAGAACUCUAGGCCUGGGGAAGAUUUGAAAGUGUGCGGUGGGUUGUUGCAUAAUUCCGGUGCUCUGUAGGAAAAGGAGGAUCGAGCAGCUUUCUUUUUGUAUUGAGGUAGACUAAAUAAAGUGCUGGUACUGGAUCGGAGGUUAAAGCAUUCUGCUCAGGUAGGGUGGGAGCUUCCCAGAAAAGCUCUUAAACACAAGGCUGGAAAGAUGAAGGGUGUGUCUUGAUUCCAGUGAUAGACAGUUUAGUUUUUUUUUUUUAGCAUGUCAUAAUAGUGGGUCAUGUAAUUACAUUGUAGCACAAAGCCGCAGAACGAGUUAUACAAGGUAUUAAGUUUAUUAAGGUGGGUUUGCUGUGCAGGUGUAUAUACUCAUAAUCAAUGAUUGGCAUCAGCAUUUGCUGUACAAUCUUUUCCUUUACUGUAGGGCUUAGGCAGGAUUUGUUUCUGUACAGGGCACCUAGUUUUGGAUAAAGUUUAGAUGCAAGCUUUUCUAUGUGCAGGCCAAAAGAUAGAUUGGGGUCUAACAUCAUACCCAAGUAUUUGAAAGAGUGGACUGCGGUCAGUGUGCCAUUUGAAUUUGUUUUGAUGGAUAGGUGGGAAUUGUGUAAUUUGUGUAAUUUAGGUACUGUUCCAAAGAUCAUUGUGACAGUUUUGUCAGUGUUUAGGAAGAGUUUGUUUUUUUUGUGAUCCACUUUUUUACCUCUGUGAACUGGUUUUGUAGCACAGCCUCAAGCUGCAGUAGAUUGAAUUUGCUUGCAUAGAUUACUGUGUCGUCUGCGUACAUGUGUACAUUUGAGGAUUUGCAGACAUGAGGCAGAUCAUUUAUACAUGGAAUUCAAAGUUGAGUUGUGAUACAGGGGUUAAAGCGACAUGAGUGCAGAUAAGACACAGGUUUGAUAGAAAAUAGACAACAUUCUUGCAGAGGAACAUUCAUGAAUAUCUUUCUGAAGAUCAGAGUGAGUACACCCCUCACAUUUUUGUAAAUAUUUUAUUAUAUCUUUUCAUGUGACAACACUGAAGAAAUGACACUGCUACAAUGUAAAGUAGUAAGUGUACAGCCUGUAUAACAGUGUAAAUUUGCUGUCCCCUCAAAAUAACUAAACACACAGCCAUUAAUGUCUAAACUGUUGGCAACAAAAGUGUGUACACCCCUAAGUGGAAAUGUCCAUAUUGGGCCAAAAGUGUCAAUAUUUUGUGUGGCCACCAUUAUUUUCUAGCACUGCCUUAACCCUUAAUGGGCAUGGAGUUCACCAAGGCUUCCCAGGUUGCCACUGGAGUCCUCUUCCACUCCUUCAUGAGGACAUCUUGGAGCUGGUGUAUAUUAGAGACCUUGCGCUAUCCCACCUUCCGUUUGAGGAUGCCCCACUGAUGCUCAAUAGGGUUUAGGUCUGGAGACAUGCUUGGCCAGUCCAUCACCUUUACCUUCAGCUUCUUUAGCAAGGCAGUGGUCGUCUUGGAGGUGUGUUUGGGGUCGUUAUGUUGGAAUACUGCCCUGCGGCCCAGUCUUCAAAGGGUCACAGUACAUGUUGGCAUGCAUGGUUCCCUCAAUAAACUGUAGCUCCACAUUGCUGGCAGCACUCAUGCAGGCCCAAACCAUGACACACCCACAACCAUGCUUGACUAUAGGCAAGACCCACUUGUCUUUGUACUCCUCACCUGGUUGCCGCCAUGCAUGCUUGACACCAUCUGAACCAAAGACAGCAAAUUUACAAUGUUAUACAGGCUGUACACUUACUUUACAUUGUAGCAGAGUGUAAUUUCUUCAGUGUUGUCAGAUGAAAAAAUAUAAUAAAAUACUUACAAAAAUGUGAGGGGUGUACUCACAUUUGUGAGAUACUGCAUAUAUAUAUAUAUAUAUAUAUAUAUAUAUAUAUACAUAUACAUAUACAUAUAUAUAUAUAUUUAUAUUUAUAUAUAUAUAUAAUCAUACUUUCCAAAACCCCAUAUAACAUGGGAGUUACUGUUGUACUCGUGAGACAUCGCUGAACACAAAUAUGGGUGUUUAACAGCAGUAAGAAGCAUAAUGGCAAUGAUGUCAUCAGUGAAAGUGCAUUGUUUAUUUGUGUGAUACAAAUAUGAACAUUAACAUUGGCCAGGGUUUGGGACUAAGUGACUACUAAAAAUUCCCCAUUUUGAAUACCCUGGGUUAUCUACUUUUAAAAAUAGUCUCAUGAUCUGCCAAAUGGUUUUAAAGGCAACAUCCCCAACCGGCCUUCUUGGCUGAGAUCAUCAAAAUUGAUGAUCUCAGCCAAUCCAAUGCUUUCCCAUAGGAAAGCAUUUGGAGGCUAUUUUGCAUGUGCGGCAAAACACUGUGCUGGCCAAUCAGCUUCUCCUCCUAGAGAUGUAUUGACUCAAUGCAUUUCUAUGGGGAAAGUUCAGCGCCUCCAUGCGGAACUUGGUGUGGCUGAAUGCCAGUGCUGCACAACCCAGGUAGCACCUCUAGUGGCCAUCUGAGUGACUGCCAGUGGAGGUGUCCCUAGGGAGCAAUGUAAAUACUUGAUCAUUUGAUCGGUGAAUAAAAUCAAACAUUUAUAGGCUGUCCAAUAACCAUCAAUCAUCUGUUUUUUGCUACCUCUUGAUUGGACAGGAGAUCUAGCCCACAUAAGUGGACAGACCUCUUGUCCAUCAUGGGAAUUUGAGCUGCUUUUAAGCCCCCAUCUAAUGCAAGUAAGAUACCCUGAGAUUCUGGCACAUGUUAUUGUUGUGUAAUGACAUUUUACAAUGUUUUAUUUGAUAUAUAUUUUUAAACUUAAAGGGAUACUACAGUGCCAGGAAUACAAAGCUGUGUAUGGGGAAAUAGCUGACAUUGGAUGUCCUAAUGCAGAGCAUGAGGACCUCAAGCAUCAGAUACCGGACCAAACGUCCGUUUCAAUCCAGGAACCCUCUAGUGGCAGUCUGGUAGACAGCACUGGAGGCAGACUUAGUGCUGCAAUGUAAACAUUGCAGUUUUUAUGGAACUGCAAUGUAUCACAUUGCAGAACUAAGUAAAAAAAAAAAGGGACACUGCACCCAGACCACUUUAAUGUCAUUUUAAUACCAGGACAAAAAAAGCAGAAACAGGAAUUUGUUUUCCAAUUACUUUAUGGAGAUCGGUCAGUGCAGACUAUUAUGUCCAUCUUAUUAGUCCGUUCCUGUGCAUUUUAAGAUGUGCUUUAAUGUAUUACUUUAACAACAUUGUUCUGUACAUCUUGGUGUCUUUGGGGAAAUUAAUCUGAGCAAAAGGAAAAUAGGAAUUUGUACAGAGAAAGAAAAAAUAAAGUGGUGUUUUUGAAAAUAUGUCUUCAAUUUCUUUUUAAAAUUUCAACAGAAAUUUCAUCUCAUUCCUUUUCCCGCUGGCUUUUUUUGAAUACCUAAUUCCACUGUUCAUUAUUAUAACCGCUUACCAGUCGAUACAUCAGAAGAUGAAGAAAAGUGGACAGUUUAAGGUAAUCCACUAAUGCAAGUUUACUGCAUUUCUCAAUUAUUGACGACGUAAAGAAAUCAUUGGGGGAUCUCUACAUAAUCCUCUGUUCAAUGCUUACUGAAUAGAAUUAAUUGUUUCCACCGUGAAACUAUUAAGCAUUUGAAUUUAUGCUGAUUCAAUAUUUUGGACAAUUAUAGAACUUGUUCUGUGAGGCAUUUAUAAUGCUUUUACUGUGGUUUUCAACAUAUUUGAAUUCUCGAUAUGUCUUAGAAGUCUGCAGAAUGUUGCCAGCUGGUCUGCUCAAAGGCCCAUGAUACAAUGCACUCAUGUAAACAGACAUCUGAGGAUAGUAAGAUCUUCAAAACAAAGUUCGAGACUUUUGGUGGAAAAAUAGAAAUGAGUAAUAGAAAACAGUUGCACAUUUUAAUUGCUUAGUGCUUGAGUUAUAUAUAUAUAUAUAAUUAAGUUAUAUACCUUCCUCUGGAGAGGACUUUAACAUAUGAUAAUUGUAUGAAACCUUUAUUUUUUUUGCUCAUCCAUUGUAUAAAUUCUUUUUGUGAAACAACAUUUAUGUUCUCAGUGCCUUACAUGUUUUUUCCUUAGUUUAACACAGGUUUACCCAUGAAGGCAUUGGCUAUCUGCUGGGGUCCAUAUUCUUUGCUGUGUUUUUAUGCUAUAAUUCAAGAUGCUACUAUCCUCUCUCCAAAACUGCGCAUGGUAAGAACGAUUGGACUACAGAAUACUAAAAGCAAUUAUUGAAUUGACAGACUGUGUAGGGCGUGUAUUAAAUAUAAUAGUAAUGUUUAAAUUAAAACUACAUCCAUCCUGAUUUAAAGGACCACUAUAGUGCCAGGAAAACAAACUCGUUUUCCUGGCACUAUAUAGUCCUUAGGGCGCCCCGUCAGCCACUAACCUUAAUCCAGCGCCGGGCUCCCUCGGCGCUGGGGAACUCUCCUCCCUCUGCUGACGUCAGCUCCCGAGUGGACCGAAUGCGCAUGUGUGGCCAGAGCCGCGUGCACAUUCAAACCGCCCAUAUGAAAGCAUUACUCAAUGCUUUCCUAUGAACGUUCUGCGUGCUCAAUGCGAUUUUCGCAUUGAGCGUUGCGGAAGCGCCUCUAGUGGCUGUCAGGGAGACAGCCAGUAGAGACUGGAUUAACCCUGCAAUGUAAACAUAGCAGUUUCAGAAACUGCUAUGUUUACAGCUGCAGGGGUAAAACUAGAGGGACCUGGCACCCAGACCACUUCAUUGAGCUGAAGUGGUCUGGGUGACUAUAGUGAUCCUUUAAUUUAUCUCUCACUUUUUUGGAAACUCUGAGCAUUAUAGCUUGAGGAUGGCUGACAGAAAGAUUAUUUCUAAGUGGGUGAGUAGCUUCACACACUGUCACUGACAGACACACUCUUGCCGUCAGAAACACACUAACCAAAAGACAUGCACACACACACACACACACACACACAGAAGCACACUCACUGACAGACUUACACAAACACACACACUGACAGACAUACACACUCACACAUUCUUGCACACUCAAAUUUAUUUUAUUUUUUGAGGCCCAUUUAGCCUCCCUUCCUCACUCUGGGAUGCAGUGUGGGGUUGUAGUCUUGCAGUUCCACACAUCUCCAAUGAGCGAUUUUGUACACUGGAGUCGGAAUGAUGCCGGUGUUCUGUUAGAACAUUGGCUCCCUGCAUCUUCCCCCCCUUCCUCUGGCAUAUAUCGGCAGAGUAAACACCUGCCACCCAUUAGCAUCAUAUCCAUUCAGCGCCCCCACCUUCGGGCACCUGAGCGCGGUGCACCCUGUGCAAUAUCCCAGGAUUGGCCCUGGGUAUAUCUAAAAACAAAGAAUGUACAUCUCUUGACUGCCGCCCCUCCUAACCCAGCCUAAACUUUCGGCUUAAUGAAAAGUCUUUACGAGGAAGGUUCUCUGAGCAAUUUCUGUCUCCGGAGUUCAGCUCCACUGAGCUAAGCAACCAGGAAAUAACAAAACGUGUAACAAUGUUAUUUCAUAAAAAAGUGUCAAUUAAAAUUUGCACUUUUUGUAAAAUAAAAAAUAAAUAAAAAUAGGACAUACUCCACACAUUAAGCACAUCAGCAUACCUUCCAACAUUUCAAAUGGAAAAAGAGGGAUACUUUCAUUUUAGUGUGAGUGGGUGUGAUCAGAGGCAGCUGUUUCUUAGCUGUUCUGAGAAGUUUUAAGUGAAUUUCUAAUCAUUUAUGCAACUAAGAUGGAAUUAAGAACAAGAACAAUGUAUCAUUUUAACACAGUCUGAUUUCUAAACACAUUUACUGUUGUUUUAAGACACAUUACAGUGAGUAUUAUUGCUGUGGAUUCCUUUUAUACACAGACACACCAAUAAUAUGGAGCUUUUUGAAAAGAUGUACAUUAGGAUAGAAAAGAGGGAAAGAGGAAUUCUGGCCCAAAAUAGGGACUGCCCCACGUAAAUAGAGACACUUGAGAGGUAUUCUUUAGAAAGCUAAAUUGUUUUAGGGCUCGGGAGUGUCCUUUUAAUAUAUGUGUUGUACAUAUCAAUGCACCUAACCAUGCAAAUCACCCGCCCCUUUCACUAAAAAGCCAGUAGCUAUACUUGAAAUGUUACCUUGACUAGCUGCAGUGAGUCCUCUCGUUAUCUCAGUGUCUGAUUAACAGCAAGCAGCUUACUGAAAGUGUCAGUAUUACAUAUUUGUGUGAUACUAUGUCUAUGCUGACCCAGUACAGAGAAGCUCUGUGUCUAUGAGUGAGGUAAAAUGUAUCUCUAAGUGAACGUUCAGCUCCUCCAUGCAUAGUGUGCAGCACUGACACAGGAAGCACCUCUAGUGUUGUUAAUAUUAAAGAACAGAGAUUUUUUUUUUUUAUUAGAGCUGUGAGUGAUUCAUUUAUAAUUCUAAAAUAAUGUAUCAUUUCAUGUAUUACAUUCCCUACUUAAUUUCACUUUUUGAUGAUCAGAUCAGAUUUUAAGUUCACUUGGACUAUUUAACACGUAGGCAUAUGCUACUGGUAUGGUAUUGCAUGAGUUAAAGCAACACUCCUGGCCCCAUAACAACUUAAGCAAAAUUAAGUUGUUUUGUUGCCAGGAGGUCCCUGGAGCUGGCUGACCUUACUAAGUCAAACCAUUCAGAAACUGUUUAACCUCAAAGUCUGUGUUCCAGUGACAAAUCUCCCUGCCCUUCCAUUUUCAAAAUUUUCUAAAACAAAAAGCCCUUUGAGAAAUCGGGCAGCGGUGCCGCUGAUUAGCUGAAAAUGGUAAACUGAUGCUCUCAGCCAAAUCCCUAUUCUUAAAAACGGACUGGAAAAAGGUACGUUUCUUUUAAAGCCAGUUUUAUGAAUGGGGAUUCACUGAUUGGCUGAGAGCAUAAGCUGUCCAAUUCAACAAGAGCCUUUAGGUUUAGAGAAUUUUUGAAAAUGGAAAUGCAGAGAAGUAGGAAGACUUGGUGCUGGAACAAAGAUUUUGGGGGUUAAACCAUUUAACUCCUUAAGGUGAGCCAGUGUUAAGAACCUUCUGGUACCAUAACUUCAUUUUGAAGACAUUGCUACAGUGCCUAAACUGUCCCUUUAAAUCUGCAGCUAAAAACACCCAUUUUCAUAUAAAAGCAUUAUUGUCAGGAGUUAGGUUCCAGUGGUAAUUGUACACAUAACCUGCAAUGUUCUAUCCCAAUACAUUUUCAACCUGUCAUUACUGGAAGCCGUGCAGUUAGCUAAGUUGCAGGGAGCAUUUCUUCCGAGUGACACCUGGGAACCCUUAAUUAAUUUGUAAUGGUUCCAGCUGUGACUCGUUCUCUGGCUUUAAAAGCUUGGCUCUCCAUCUGUGACUAUUUAUUUUGCCUCUCAGUUUAUACUUUGUCCCUUUUAUUAAACCUAUAAGACUGAAGCAUCAAUAAUGUGAUUUGAGAAAUUGUAUUAAUUAAUUACAUGUUAAACAUCAAAAACAGAGCUACCAAUACAUGCAUAGUAUUAAAGAGAUACUCCAAAUACAUUAGUUUGCUAAAGAGCUUUAUGUGUAAAAAGCUUGUUCUAUUUUUUUAAUUUUACAAAAAGUGCAUUUUUAAAUAGAAAUGUAAAAAAAUUAGACAAUUGUUCAUGUUACUUCCUGGUUGUUUAGCUUAGUGGUGCUAAACUGAAGUGUCAGAGCACUUGCCUUGCUAAGACUUUAAAAAGCUUGGGAAGUUCACAAGCUUUUUCCUUCUUCACCAGUCCAGACUUUCUGUGGGUGUCCAAUCACAAUAUCUACAGACAGGAGAUCUGCAGCUUUUGAAGGCUUUUUUUAGAUAUAUAUUGACAUUUCUUUUUUUUUUUUUAUUUGUUCAGUGUAGUGUCCCUUUAAGUUUGGAGGACCCAUGUAGUGUGUCUGGGAACAUUUCAAAAAUAAACAUUUCAGGGUCACACGCCUAAUAGUAGUUAACCUGCUAAUCAGUUACUGAAUUUGAAGCUAAAACUGUUUAACAAAUGAGCAUUACCAGGAAAUGUCGGAUAAUGACCCAAUGUUGUCUUGGCAUCACUAACAUCGAUGAGAUGAAGUACUUGCCAAUUGCUGUGGCACCAUGUACCACCUCAACAUUUUGCAUUAUCCAUUGGUAAAUAUUUCCAUACAUAGGAGAUAUAGGUCUCUACCAUUUGAAUAGGCCAGUGUUGACUAACAAAGUGCAAAUGGUUUAGUACCAAAUUUAAUGUCUUAAACUCAAAUAGUUGAAAGGUAAUGUUUGCUUAAAGGAUCACAAUCUCAAUGAAGUGUGUUGCAGUUUUGUAGAAAUGACAAAUUGAAAGGUAAAGUACACCUCAAGUGUUAUCUUCCUGACUGCUGCUAGAGGUGCUUCCACCUUCAGAACUGAGACAAACACAUUCUCAAUUACGGAAGACAUCAGCAGGCAUUUCUGAGGAAGCCUGAUUGGUUGGGUGAAACAUGUCACCUGUGACAUCACCACACAGAUAUAGAGGACAGAAAUGCAGAAUUAUAGUACAGGUGGGUGAUCCAAAAGAGAAAGCUAAAUGAGAGACUUGUUAAACAAACCAAUAAAAAAAAUUUAGGCUGCAGAUCUUUAUACUGAAGGUAAGCUUGUGGAUUUAAAGCCAUUACAGUCUCACCAACGUUUAUUUAAGCAUCUCCUUCAAAGGCCAGUCCAUUCUCUUGAAGUAUGGCUGAGGCAGGGGAGAUUUCCAUGGCUGGCUACUGCUGUGCUAGUGCUCUAAUACAGGGCAGUAGGGGUUGCUCUGUGUGUGUAUGGAGAGAGGCAAGGAUAGGAUAGCUAAGGAUAGUUUCAGCAUUUACCUGCAUCUCUAUACUCACUGAUCCACGGGGGAGCAUCUACAAAGCACAGAGAGUCCAGACAGCAGCUCCCAGCCUGCAGAGAUAGCCUAUAGCUCAGGGAAGUGAGGUAUGGGGUAAAGGCUGCAGGGAGACAUGGGGACACUGAGACACGGGGACACAGGGAGACCUCUGGGGAUGCUGAGAUACUUGGGAAAACAGACAUGAGGACACAGACACUAGGGGACGCUAGGAGAUAUGGGGAUACAGACACUUGGGGACACAGAUACAAAUGGGGACACUGAGACAUGGGGAAAAAGACACACAUGGACACUGAGACACUUGGGGACACAAUGCCCCCCAAGUGUCUCAAUGUCCCCAUGUCUCCCUGCCAGUGUCCCUGGUGCCUUGGUGUCCCCAUGUCUCCCAGUGACAUGGGGCAUAGACACUAGGGGACACUAGGGGAGUCCUUAGAAAGCAUGAAGUGAGCGCGUCAUUAGAUGCAUUUAUGCCAAGCUUAGGAUGCUGUUGGCCAGCAUGCAUGAUUGGCAGGCAGUCUGAAAUGCAUUCAUGCCAGGCUAGCCUUCCAAUUCUUUGGGCAGACACGCCUCCUUUUUGGGCAUGUUCGUCCCUUUCAGGAGUUCUGGUUACAUAAUCUGUGUCAGUGGCCCACCCUUUUACACCGCCAGGUGACUUCCUGCUUCACUGGACACUGCUGUUAGAGGGUAUGGAUUUACUUAAAAUAUGAAAGCAUGAAUUAGAGAGAGAUUAGCAUAUUUUAAGAGAAUCUGAGUUUUCAUAUAGCUGCAUCCUCUGAGUGUCCCUCUGCCAAUUGUCAGCACCAGGCCUACUGGGCUCUUAAUCUGGCCCUGUGCCCACCAACUAAAGCCUUUUUUCCCCCUACUAGAGCCAGAGUGCAACACAACAAGCAGCACCACGAGCAGCCUCCACACAUACACACACCCUCCCCUUGCUUUUUCCCACUUAUCUGACCCCCUCGCUAGUCAUAUUCACCAAUUAGUCAUACCACAAAUUAGCAUAUAAAUGUAUUUAAAUUGAAAACUCUAAACUGUGCAUCUACUUUGGGGCACCAAGGAGGGUAAAUCAAGCCUAGCGCCGCUUGUAUAAGAUUUUAAUGUCUGAAUAAACGUUGCUACACCAUAUAGUGUUAUUUUAUUUUACAUGCGGAGCUUCACCUUUCAAAAGAGAUUUCUAUAUGGCGCCAUGGGAAAGCAUUGGAUUGGCUGAGAUCAUCAAUUCUGGGGUGGAACCAAAUGUCGCACUGGUCAAUCAGCAUCUUCUCAGAGAGAUGCAUUGAAUCAAUGCAUCUCUAUGAGGAAAGUUCAGCGCCUGCAGGUUAUAGACACCAAAACAACUACAUUAAGCUGUAGUUGUUCUGGUGACUAUAGUGUCCCUUUAAGAUUUUGCUAAAUAUAAUUGUUUGUACUCACUUGGGACUGCACAGCUUAUUUUAAAUGUUUCCCCUCUGAUUUACGACUAUGUCCUCUUGUUGUGGUAGUUUUUUUCUUUCUAGUGGUGUUUUACUCCACUAUUUUGGUGGAAGCGUUAUUAGUGGCUGUCAAAAUGAAAAACAUUGCCUUUCCUGUAGAACGACAAUGUUUUCGGCUGCAGGGUUAAAACCCAGAGCAAGUGGUUCCCAUCCCAGUCCUCAAGUACCCCCUAACAGUCAAGGAUUUAUGGACUAACGUGUUUUUAGAGAAAAAUCUUUAGAUACAACAUGGUAAUCGAUAAAUCUUGGACUGGUAGGAGGUACUUGAGGAUUGGGUUUGGAACCCUUGCUUAAACUCAAUCUUUCUAGGCGUUCAUUGUAUAAAUAGUAGAAAUGAUGGGUAUUUGCAAAUUAAGUAAUUUCGAUUGAACAAAAUUUGCAAUCAAAUAGUGGCCAAUUCUGAUGACGUAUUAUAUGUUUUAAGCAUUCAAUUUGUUUUCAGAAUUCAGAUCGGGGCAUUCGAACUUCAGUGAAUAAACCCAUUAGUUUUGCUUGGUUUAGCUUUCCCUUUUUGUUUAGUUGUCUUUUAACUAAUUAACUCUCAGUCAUCUUGAUGUUUUAUUAUAUCUCCCAAGCUUAACACAAACAUUUAAAGAGACAUAUUGUUUAUAUAUAACCAUCUCCUUCUGAGAUAUCCCUUUUGCUUUCUAUAGUCUUUUCGAUAUAUUCUAGACUUUCUAGCAAAGGUUCCCAAGGCACACCAAUGGUCCAGGUUUUGCCACUAUGACCAUUGGAACACAAUAUGAUAAUUCCUAAAUCAUGGACUGUUGGUAUGUGAAGACUGGAGUGGGAACCAAUGAUUUAAAAUAUAAACUUGUUCUGCAUCCUAUAUAAGGAAUUUACCAUAGUGGCCAUAACAUUAGUCAUUUUUAAAGUAAUACCAUAAAUAGAAAGAUAAUUAAAUGGUCCAGAGUGUAAUGCAGCACAUUUUAUUUAAAAAGCAUUUUAAAAGAAGUUCUACAUUAAACCAUGAUAAACCAAAGAAAAUGAUGGUAAAGUGUAUCUCCAUAACUACUCAACAUUUCUGUUAGUACUGAGUCAGGAAACAUUUUUUCCCCAUGUAGUGAAUCAACUGUUUUAGUUCACCAAGUGUUAUAAUGCAAACCAACAUAUUAGGAUUGAUUAUUAUUAUGUUAUUUAUUGAUUUUAUCAAUUGUUUCCAUCGAGUUUCUUAAACAAUGUAUGAAAAAUAAUAAAGGGAUGGAAUGGAUGGCAUUCGCCAAAUGGGCAGUGGUGCACUUAUUUUGGUUCCCAGAACCAUGACAGCAAUCAAGAUAGAAAAGCAAACGGGAGAUUUGGUAUACACAAACUCCCAGAACCCUCUAGCAAAGUUGCAGCCUCAUUUAGGGCUCUUAUUAUGUCCUUACUGAAUUGUAUGAAUUUUUUCUAAAAAAGAACGAAAAUUGUCGAAACACAAUUUUAAAAAAAAUUUUUGCACAGUUUUGACCACUGGUGUAUCCUAACUUUAUACCUCCUUUAUCAGAUUCCUAAGUAAUUUUGAGUUAAAUGUAGUAAACUGUGAUAUAUUCAUUGAAAUGCUCUUCCCCAUUUAGAUGUGUUGGCCUUUACUAAGAAUGAAUAGCACAAUUUUAUGCAGAAUGGGUACAUGCCAAGAUAGAUGUGUUAGCUAGCUAUAUCAGAACUGUUCCUAACUGGGCUCCUUGUUUAAAUACAUUUUAGAAGGUUUUAGAAGUUGGGUAGUGAUCUCCGGAAAACCUUACCUGCCCAUCUCUUUCACCCAGGACUGCCUCCAUUUUGUACCAUAGAGGGAGAUCAUGUAGCAAAGGCAAUGAGAAAGCUCUGAGCUAGAGAUUCUAAUUAUUUAGAGAACGGUGUUUUAUAUUUGCUUCACUUAAACCAUACUGAGCCAGGUGAAUAUGUUUAUAUCUUUGCAGAUGCCAGCUGUUUUAGCCAAGAUAUCUCCUGCAGUGAAUGCUUACAUCUAUGGGCUUGGAAAUGAGAAUUAUCGGGCAGGAAUAUGGCAGUUCCUCACCGGACAAAAGGUUGAGAGAACAGAAACAGAUAACAAAUCAAAUUAA